AUCGUCCAGCUGUUUGAUCUGGGCACUGAAUGAACUCAACUUCACAACUUUACUUUAUUUGGUGGACACAGAUGCGGCCUGACGCCGGGGUACGGCAAGCAACCUUUGGACUGUCGCCGUGGAUGGAGACACUUAGGCCCCCGCUGGAGUAUCUGUGAAACAUAUGCGGUGACUUUGUUUUUAUGCCAUACACAUUCGAAGCCGCCCGGUCCCAUCCGAUGAUGCCUGCGCUGUGCUAACACGCCUCCUGGUCUUUAUCUGCCGAGCUCGUCUGUCACCGUUCAAGAGGUCCUGCCAAGUUUUCCCGUCUAAAACGUCUUGUGAGCAAACAUGGCGCCCGCCGUCGGUGGCCCCCAAGGCUACACACCACCUGAGGGUGGCUGGGGAUGGAUGGUGGUGAUCGGGGCCUUCAUCUCGAUUGGCUUCUCCUACGCUUUUCCCAAGUCCAUCACCGUCUUCUUCAAAGAGAUCGAGGUGAUCUUCAACGUGACGAGCAGCCAGGUGUCCUGGAUCUCCUCCAUCAUGUUGGCGGUCAUGUACGGCGGAGGUCCUAUCAGCAGCAUCCUGGUUAAUAAAUAUGGGAGUCGUCCUGUUAUGAUGGCGGGAGGAUGCCUGUCCGGAUUGGGCCUCAUCGCUGCCUCUUUCUGCAAUUCUGUUCAAGCACUGUACUUUUGCAUUGGUGUGGUGGGAGGCUUGGGCCUGGCCUUCAACCUGAACCCUGCCCUCACAAUGAUUGGAAAGUACUUCUACAAGAAGCGACCUAUUGCUAAUGGCCUCGCGAUGGCAGGCAGCCCUGUAUUUCUUUCCACCAUGGCUCCUAUUAACACCUGGCUCUUUGACAAGUUUGGCUGGAGAGGAAGUUUUUUGGUCCUGGGUGGCCUGCUGUUCAACUGCUGUGUCGCCGGUUCCCUCAUGCGACCCAUAGGACCAAAACCCAAACCUGCAGAGAAGACCACUGAGAGGAGGACUGUGUCGCAGGUCAUUAACAACUUCAUCGACCUCUCUUUGUUCAAGCACCGUGGCUUUUUGCUCUACAUUAUGGGCAAUAUCAUCAUGUUUUUUGGUCUCUUUACACCACUGGUGUUCCUCUCGAAUUAUGCCAAGAGUAAAGACAUUCCUAAAGAGAAGGCAGCUUUUUUACUGUCUGUUCUGGCUUUUGUUGACAUGGUUGCCCGGCCCUCUAUGGGCAUGGUGGCCAACACCAAAUGGGUCCGCCCCAGAAUACAAUACUUCUUCGCUGCCUCAGUUUUGUACAACGGUGUGUGUCAUGUUCUAGCUCCAAUGUCGGUGGACUACAAAGGCUUCAUUAUCUAUGCCAUAUUCUUUGGGUCUGCUUUCGGCUGGCUGAGCGCAGUGCUGUUUGAGACCUUGAUGGACCUGGUUGGAACUCAGCGCUUCUCCAGUGCUGUCGGACUGGUCACUAUUGUGGAGUGUGGGCCUGUGUUGUUAGGGCCCCCCCUGCUUGGAAAGUUCAAGGACAUCUACCAUGAUUACAAGUACACGUACCAGGGAUGUGGAAUCCUCCUCAUUGUCUCGAGUGUCUUCCUGUUUGCGGGAAUGGGAAUCAACUAUCGACUGCUGGACAAAGAGAAAAAAGAGGAGGAGAGGAGGGCCAGGGUGGGAGCUAGAGAGCAAAGGUCCAACAGGGACCACGCGGCCAAAGAGGUGGCGGAGGCUAGACAUUCAGAAGACACAGUCUGAUGCUCCGCACCGUGUCAGCUUACCUUUGUGUUGACUGCGAUGUCAGACAGUUUAAUAUUCAUGACCACAUCAUCAUCAUUGAGUUUUAUUUUAUGGAGAAUUAUUCCUGAAGACCACAAUAGAAAUUAUAACCUCACUUGGAAUAAAAGUAUUGACACUCCUAUUAAACUCCCUUUAAACUCUAAUAAACACUCCACAUAAAAUACCUCUUAUACCUUAUUUAGAGUGGUAAAUGUGUUGUGAGUACUAUUCAACUUUGCUUUUCCUUUCAUUUAUAUGAUUUUAUGUCAGGCAAUAUCUAUAUAACUUUUGUAACUUUAGUGCAGCAGGUAAUUAAAGUAUGCACCUGACUUUGCUUGUCAUUCCAUGUCUAAGACUCAUUGUGUUUUCCUUAUUAUUAAGGACCUGAUAGCAUAGUUUAAUUGCUAAAGGCUUCCAAACCCCCUCCAUGCCACUUUGAUAAAAGUUGUUUAUUCCAUGUAUUCAUACUAAUUUUAAAUUUCUCCUUUUCCUUAACAUGAUAGAAAAACCUUUCACUGCCUGCAUGUUACUCUGUGCUGUAUAUAUGGAACACAUAUCAGGAAGUCAAAUAAACAACAAUUUGACAAGAAUACAAAAA